AUGGCCGGCAAUGAAGAGCACGAGGGCACUGGUGGGGCGACCGCUGGAAUGCUGGCCCAUAUGAAGUCAGCAGAGAAAGAGGAAAAUGCCAUCAACGAUGCACUGCCGACCAUCCGUCCACAGUCCGAGCUCCACAUCCAGAUGACCUUGCAGGAUGACACCACGUUCGAGGACCUUCGACAAAAGAUCGAAAUGUAUGAGCAGGUCAGCCAGAGGUGGAUGAGUGAUGGGGGCCUACAGAUGAAUGUCAAGCCGCUGAUGGACGUUGAGGAUCGUGGAGGUCCAAUGGAGGUGGAUGCAAUCUGGUCCAAGGGCGGCAAGAAAGGUGGAAAGAAGGGCAAGAAAGGAAAGGACAAAGGGAAGAGUCAGAAAGGUCUGGCGACUAUGGAGAUCUUCGACUUGACGCAAGAUGACUCAGCGGAAGAGUUGGAGACAGAGAAUGAUGAUGAGAACCUGGCAAUGGCCAUUUUGGCCGUGCGAGAAGUGGAGAAUGAGAAUGAGGAAGAGACCUUCUAUGAAUGCCAGAGCGAGGUUGAGUUUGAGCCACCUGGAACUUCGAGCUUGGAAAGUACAGGAGAUCAUGACCUACGACAUGACCCACGAGCCCAAUACAGUGAUGAAGAAGCAAUGAAGGUUCGAGUUUGCAUGGUCAGGCAAGAAGCACCAACCAUUGCCUUGACCUUGGACUCUGGUGCAGAUGUAUCAGUAGCACCGGAAGAGUACUAUGCCAUGGGUAUGCCGGGCACCUCACGAUCGGUGUCAAUGAUGGAUGCUCAAGGUGGUGCAAUCAAGAGUUCAGGAAAUCGCAGGCUGCGACUACAGGCCUACACCCGUGAUGGAGAGCUCAUUGAGUUUGUUGAACAGUUCGCCCUGGGAGUUGGAGUAUCACAUCCUUUGCUGAGCUUUGGACGGUUGCUCAAACAGGGCUGGGUGUUGUCAAGAGAUCAAGAUGGUCUUUAUGUCGAGCACCCUGAAAGGAAGAUGAAGAUUCCCGCACGACUGGAGCGCAAUUCCUUAGUGAUGGAUGUCCAGGUCUGUGCGGUUAGAGCAGAUGACAUGGACGAUGAGCCCUUGACAGUGGAGAAUGAAGCUUCCAAGAAUGACGAUGUGCCAAAGGAGAAUGCAGUCACUGCGAAUGACAUGGCCAAACCCGUUGAUGAAGAGGCUGAGAAUGUCGAGAAGUCAGCAACUGGCUCAAUUGAGGGCGCGCGUCAUCCAGAUCAAGCAGGAGGUGAACGAGGAGUGAAACGGGCUGUUGAUGCAGAGGAUGGAGCAACAUUGGCCCUGAUGGAGGAGUUGUCAGAGCAAAAGCCGCAUGCAGCAGAAGAUAGAGCAAUAGAGGAAGCACCUACAAAGAAGUCAAAGACAGCGGAGAUGGAGGCAGAGGAACUUAGAUCACCAGGCUACACCACUGAAGAGUCGGGUGAUGUGGUGGUGGAAGCAAGCAGCAGCGAAGAUGGUAAGGUGAAGUCGCGAAUGGCCAGAUGGGCGAACUGGAAGUUGAGAUGUGGAGAAGUGAAGAGUGAGCCCAUGGAGCUGUCAGAUAGUCCUGUCGUGGACGUGGAAGUUGAUGAGAAUCAUGUUUUUCCAGUUCGAGAAGAAGGACAGUCACGGCAGGGAUACAUAUCCAGAGAGCUGGCGCUGCUGGAAAAAGUGCCAGGGUGGCACGCACUACCCAAUGGCAUCGUGGUCCAUUCGAGCCCUCAGGCCACACAUUUCCUGGAUCCUAGCAUGUCCUUUGGUGACGAAUGGUGUGCACGCCUGACGCUGCUCAAGAAAAAGGACAAUAGCGGACUCUGGGAGCAGAUAGAAAGUCUGGCCGUGUAUCGAGAUACACCAUUGCCAUUUAGAGCAAUCCCAGGAGGACCUCGACCUGCGCUGACCUUUGUGGCCCCAGGCUUGAUUCGAGACUACUUUGUUUGGAAUUCAGAGGUCCCUGUGAGCCAGUAUCCACUACUUCAAGGAGAACCGUCCUCGUGGCCAGAUGAUGAACGUGAUGAAGAAGGUGGUGAGUUCCCUAUGCUGGCAGCAGGCAGUGGAGGAAGAGCUGAGAUUGCCGAGGACGUUCAAUUCGUCGAUCCUGACGAGAUGAGAGUUCAAAUAGAUGAUGUGUGGUUCGACAAGGAGACAAAGCUGAAGGACCUCCAAGACAUCUGCAAACAACUGGGCCUGGCAACUUCAGGGUCGAAGAUCAAAGUGCUGAGGAGGCUCCAGAGAUACAAGCAUCAGGAGGAGGAGAAGUUGGCGUACGAGGUGGCACAAAGGCUCUUCUCUGAAAGUCGACGUGAAGCAGUGCCACUGAAGACACCGAAGUUGCCCAGCAGGCAUGAACAAGAGCUUCAUCAGCUGACGCAACGAGUGGCUGACAUGGCGGAGGAAGCAACUGGAGAUGAGCAGGUUGAGAAAGAGGCCAAGACAGUUGGUGAGCAAGCAAUGAAGGGUGAACCAGCUGGAAACUUUCCACCAGGUGCACACGAGCUCAGUCCGAAGAGACAGCGGAUUGAAGAUGUGGUUGGCAAUCUUGCACCUGUUACACCACCCCUGCUCGGAAAGAGAGAAUAUGCACUCCCUUGGGACGAUGAAGAUGAUGAGAAGAGACGCAUGAGCCCCAAGCGUCGAGUAAGGAGCAUCCAAGAAGAAUUCCCAGGUGGUGAUGACAUGGUCGCUGAAGAAGCCCUGCAACAGCAACUCAAUGCAGUCAGCGACGAGGAGGAGGAGAUUGAUGCUGUGAAGGGCAAGCCACCUGUGGUCAGUGAUGAUGAAUUGGCCAGACUGGAUGCAGAGGCAUGCAAGCAUGAAGAAGCACGCCUUGAAGCGAUGGGAGUGCUCGAGAGGAUGAAAGAUGGUGAAGAGGAAGUGCGCAUCACGGGGAUUCCAACAGCAGUGAACCCAAGUGACAUUGGGACCAAGAUCCUCAGCAAAGCAAGGAUGAACGGCCUCAAAUACCUGAUCAGGAUGGUCGACGGUGACGAUGAGAAGAUCGGGAAGUCCGAGUACGACGAGAUCAAAUUGAAGGAAGAGCUCAAGAAGAACACCACCAAGAUGGCAAAGGCCAUGGGAGCGAAUGCAAAGGUAGCAUUGGUGAUCGCCUUGUCAUUACUACAAGGCGGGAAAGGCGCUGAAGUUCAAGAGUCAGAAAAUGAAGACCAAGAUGAUGAAUCCUGGUGGAUGCGGCCAUUGAUCACCAUGCUUUGCCUGGCAAUGAUUGGGGCCUUGAGUCUGGCACGGCUAGUGAUAGAUGGAGCAAGGGCGCGGUGGAAUGGAAGACGCAUCAACGAGGAGACCAUCGAGGAGAAGCAAGAUGAAAGUGAUCGUGGACAAGCGGUGACACCGCAUGUGAGAAAUGAAGAUGAGAGUGGAACACUUCAGCCUGAAGAACCAUGGCAGGCAGAAGAUCAAGAGAAAGUGAACAUGCAAUGGCAGAUUAUUCAGCUGGAAGUGGCAGUGGCUGAACAAGAAGAGAAAAUGACGGAGAUCCGAAGAGAUAGAGACAUCCAGUCCCGAGAGGUCGUCAGGAUGUAUGACAUGUGCACCAACCUCCGCUUUGAGCUGGAAAAGGUCAAGGAAGAAAGAGACAACAUGAUGAUGAAGCUGACCGGGUCAAAGGACACUGAUGAUGAGCAUGCAGUCGAAAUGGCACGCAUGGCCGAGGAUUGUGCCCGGGCCUGGGAAGCUGUUGAACUAUGGAAGAAGAGAUCAAAAGAGAUCCUGACCCAAGCGAAUGAAGUGGUGAAGGAGAAGCUGGAGUCGACAAGAUUCACGCUUGAGAGAAAGGAAUGGUGGAUGACACGUACAGGUGGUUGCUACCACACUCACGACUGUAGCCACCUGGCUCAGUCAUCGAACGUGAGGACUGAUGCAGCGGGUGCCAAACAGCGUCCAUUGUGCAAGUCCUGGUCCCUUGUGAAGAAACUGAUGCCAAUGCAGGCGCAGAAAGAGAACGGUCAAGGCACAGACGUUUGUGCACCGCACUCAACAAGGUCCUGGUCCUUAAAGGUGUUACACAUGCUUGCCAUGCCUGCACAUCCCUUGCGUGCUCCCUUGAACCUCCAAAGGUUGCGACACAGUGCAGCUGACGCCCAGAUACAAGAUAGCUGGGAUCCACGAGAUGUCAUGGCGACAAGAGAAGUGGACAGCGAAGGAUUGGAAGCAAUGAACAAGGAGCAGAAAGGAAAGCCAGAGACUUCAGGAUUCGUGAUGUAUUCCCACGACGGCAAGCGUGUCGAGCUCAAGGGAAAUGCCGAGUCUGGAAAGCGAUCUGGAUCAUCUUCUGCCUCACAGUCAGAUGGCAGCAUCAAAGAGGAGAACCAGAAGCUCAAAGAUGCUAUCAGACGCAUGCUACAAGCAGAGAAGCCAGAGGAUGCAGACUUGGAUGCAGUUCGAACUUUGAUCAAGGUCGAUCCACGAGAAGAGAUUCGACAGCGACAACGUCAGCUGAACCAAGAGAGACGCAUUCUCAACAGGGCCGAGAACCUCAAAGAGACACUACACAAGAAGGAGAACAGCUACCAGUCCUGGAAGCGCAACAUGCAAGAGGGAUUGGCGCAGGAAGACCGCAGGCUCAGCAAGGAGCUUGCAGAGCUCCAGGCGGAGAUCAAGGCAGCGGAGGAGAAAGAGCUCAACGAUGCCGAGAUGGACGGAGAGCCAUCGGAUGUGGACCCAACCCUGGUCGAUGUGACACGCCAGGUGGUUCAGGACGAACUCAAAGAGAUGAAAGACCAAAUGGGUCAAUUCGCUUCAUAUGCAGCUCAGAUGGAACGGCAGAACCAACACCUCACCGAACAGGUGGCUAUGUUGUUGAAUACGCUGCAUGCUCGGAGUGGGGAUUUUAUUCCCAAGGAAUCCCCGCAACAUCCACAUCCCCGACCAAGUUUUGCAAGAUUCGAAGGUGCUGGGGUGGAAGAACACAAAAGAACACAAAAGGGCUAUGAAUCGAUCAAGAUCGCCAAUGACGAGAUCUACACCAGAGGGUGCCAAGAAGACCCGGUGAACCAUGCGGAAGUCAAGCACCUCCUGACGGGUGUGUCAGAAGAAGCUCAGCGCUACUUUUUGCAGAACAUGCAGAACGAGCCAGAGAAGUUUCCUACCAUGAGAGCCGCAGCAGGGACAGGAACAUCCAUGCCAUCGGAGAUGAGAGCAUCUGCAGUGUCUCCCGUCCCAGGAGGCCUGCCAGCAGGUAGACGACCAGACGCUCCAAAAGGCGCCAAAGCCAAGGAGCGCUUUCCUUCCUCCGUCAAUAGAGUCUCCCUGUAG